GGACAUCAUAUGACGUCCUCCCAUUCUCACCGUGCAUGCGCGGCUCAGGGAGUGUGCCGCACGGCGAUCGGCGGUGCGCUGUGUCCCUCUGACACAGCGGAUCACCGAUCACGGAAAGAGCCGAAAAUGUCAGCUCCGUCUUCAGUGCCACCUGUCAGUGUCCAUCAGUGCCUUGUGUCUGUGCUCAUCAGUGCCACCUGCCAGUGCCCAUCAGUGCCACAUCAAUGCCACAUAUCAGUGCCUACCAGUGCACAUCAAUGCCACAUAGUGCCCAUCUGAGCUGCCUUUCAGUGUCACCCGUCAGUGCCAGUCAGUGCCACCUAUCAAUGCCAAUCAGUGCCACCUAUCAGUGC